GCUCAGCUAGUUCAUUGCUUGAGUCGGCGGGGGCGGACAGGGGCGUAAGGGACGCCGCCGGACAUACUAUAGCUCACUACAGAGCCAACCUCACUCAACUAGCGCUACCCGACAUGCCAACCCGACCUAACCCGCCCGGACUGGUGAUAAAGCGUCAUAACAUCCGCAUAUGGUGCCAUGAGUGUGAUAUGGGAAAGCUGCAACGUGUGGUUUGGGAGGGGCAGGGAGCGCGGCUCCUCAGUGAGGUCUCCAGUCAGCCAGUCGUUAAGAAGUUUCUAGAAGCUGUGCCCUAUAUUAUGAACACUAUACGCGACAUCCACAAUGCAGUAAUUCAAAACGACUUAGAGGGACUCAUAAAAUUAACAGGAGAACCCGUACCGCCUCACGCCCUCUCCUGCAGAGACAGCAAUAACAUGACUCCGAUGCAUAAAGCAGCAGGGUUAGGUCAUGGCGGAAUUUUAAAGUACAUCAUUGAAAGGUAUCCACAAGGUAUAAAGGAUGUUGACAACGAUGGACGAACUCCUCUACAUUAUGCGGCUCUUGUCAAAGACGAUCAGCAUACUUAUAAUACUCUACUAGGAUCUGGAGCAGACGAAAGUGCUGUCGACAACAAAAAUAAAACACCUGGUUAUUAUAUAAAUAAGAGUCAUGAUAUAGACAAAAAUAUUUUCAAAACAUUGCCUGACGCACCGAGAACACCUUCUAACUCGUAUCCUCCUUCCUGGGAUUGGAAAAUUUUGGAAAGUGAUUACACAGCGGAUAUCAAUAAAAAGUUUAAAAAGAAAAACCAUAGAACUUCUAAUGAAAAUAUAUCUUCAAAAAAUAAUACGAACACAAUUUCUGAGAGCAUUGAAACUAAUAACGGAGUGAUGAAGAAUAGCAGCACACAAGAACUAAUUUCUACUUUUCCUGAUUUAAAUGAAAACGAAAAGGCAGAACCGGAAACUACCGAAACUAAUGAAAAUACUACACAUAUUCAGGAAGAUACACGUAUUGAUGAGGAUAAUGAAAUUAAAAAAGAGGUCAGUAAUAAUGAAGAGAGCUCCGAGACUGAAAAUCAAGACGAGCAAGACCAAAAUAACUCAAAAAUUAUAGAAAAUGAUGACGGUAAUAAUGAAGAAAACCUUAAUGAUGAAGAUCACAAUAAAGAAGGAGAAAUCAAUGACGUUGUUCUUAAUAGCAAUUCUGACGUUAAUAUUACUAAUGAAAAGAGUGAACAAGAUCAGAAAGAAAAUAAUAUCGUAGAUUUUAAUAAUACACAAAAAGAAGUUGUUAAAGAUACUCAAAAUAUAGAUGAUGCAGAUGAUGAAAAUAUUAAAGACCAUCAUAAUAUACAAGAAGAGAAUGAUAAAAAUAAAAACAUAGAAGAUAUUGAUGAUAAAGAUGAUAAAGAUGUAAAUGUGGAUAUGGAUAAUAAAGACAAGGAGGAAGUGGUCGAAAAUAAUGACAUUCCUGAUAGCCUAGAACUAAAUAUGAAUGAAUCUAAAGUAAAUAAUGACUUAGAAGAAAAUGUAUUAGGCAAUGAUAGUCAAGAAGACAAAUCUGAUAACCAUAAUGAAGAUAUAUCAAAAGAAACGAACGAUAUUAUCAAUGAAGACUUAAUAGUUGGAAGGGCUUCAUCAAAUACGUCAAAUAAAGAAGGAAACCCUGUCAGCGGCCGUAAUAUUCAGGAAAGUCUCAUAGAAGGAUUAAUUAGUAGCGAAGCAGAACAGGAAACAGAAGACGCGAGUAUAUCACAAAGAGAGAGCUCAGUUCACAACGAUAUUUUAAUUGUAGACAAUGAAAUAGAUCCUGAAGUUACCGAUUUAAUUAAUACUGCAAACAUGGAAAUGUUAGCUACAUUAGUAUUGAACGGAGAAGGAGCCAGAUUGAUCGGAAGACAUUCUGGAAAUUUAGAAUUGCAAGCUUUUUUAAAUAAUGUCCCAACGUACAUGCAAAAGAUAAAUAGAGUACAUAUUGCAGCUAGGGAAGGGAAUAUAAGAGAUUUACAAGCAGCUCUAGAUCGUAGAAAAUUUGCUAUUGCCCGAGAUCCUAUAUCACCGAACGGAGCAACUCCUUUGCAUGUAGCAGUUGUUUUUGGUAAAACGAAUAUUAUAAAAUAUUUAGGAGGGAGGUUUCCUGAAACAUUGUCUGCUGUUGAUUUUGAAGGCCGUACAGCUUUACAUUAUGCGGCUGUUUUACCAGAUAAUGGUCAUUAUUUUAAUUUGUUACAACAGCUGGGAGCAAAUUCUAAAGAUUUAGAUGAUAUGGGACGAUCUGCUGAGGAUUAUUACAAAAAUCCUACUCUGUUGACUUUCAAACAAUUGUUAGCGGAUUUUGGAGUAAGUGAAGAAGUAGCUCAAGAAAUGUUUACAGAUAAAGAUAUAAGCACCACGGCUAACGGCCACAUGGACAUUCCCAUAUUUCAAACUGAAGAAGGCAGAUAUCUCGCAAAGUCACUCGGCGAUCCUUUGAUUAAAGGUCUGACCGAAGUGGCUAAUAUCAAACCUAAAGAUCCUGUAGCAUUUCUAGCGACUUUCCUACACAACUUUCCUGAACAUGAGAAGCCUCGACCUGAAACACAGGAAUCAAAUGUAUUAGUGACAAAAGAAGCUGCUGAAUUUGAAAACGAACAUCCGCCAUACGCAGACGAGAUGGAAGAUGAUAAUGAGGAUCCGUCAGUAAUAAGAGAACAAGAUCGGUAUCGCACCGCAACAAAACCACGCCCCAUCGACGUUAUAACUGUAGAUCCUCAAACUGAAACCAGUCCGGAUGCACCGGAAAUCGCUAGCAGUAGUGCGAAUAGGGAUGAACACGGUCAAUCAAUGUUACAUUUUGCUGCUGCUCGAACACAUACAAACAAUGCUCUGUUUCAACUAUUGCAAGAAUCUGAAGUGAGCCUCGGUUAUAGAGACGAGCUGUAUCGGACAGCGCGCGACGUCUCCAUACAAGCGAACGUAUUAGAAAAUACUGUGGAGAUAGACAGAUGGGUACUUUCAUUGGCUGCGAGAGGGAAGACAGAUAAAAUCAUGGAAUUGCUUAUUCAAGGCUACGAUCAUAUAUUGGAUAUUGUGGAUGAAGAAGGAGUGCCCAUGUUAGAAGUAGUUGGCCAACGUGGUGACGAUAGCAUGAACAAUUUACUCGCCUCCAUUCCACCCUUCGAGGAAUCUCGGGAAUCUCUCCAUGGAGCAGUUCGUCGUGGUGAUAUGAACGCUGUCCGUGAAAUUAUAUCUGGUGAUCGUGGACAUACCCUAGCGCGUGCUCACAACGCACUCGGUCGCACUUCUCUCCACGUGGCUGUGUUGGCACAACAUGAAGAUGUUGUAGACUACCUUUCAGAGACAUGCCCUGAGCUACUGCGGGUCGGGGACAAUUUGGAAAGAACGCCAUUACACUAUGCAAUGGGAAUGGAGAAAAUGGAAUCUCUAAGUCGUAUUCUUAUUAAAGCGGGCGCUAAGCGCGUUCUUAAGGAUCUCAAGGGCCGUCAGCCUUCUUAUUAUUUCAUGAACAAGUCAGACAUACUACGGUUGAAAGAAGAAGAAGAAGCUUACUAAUAGGGGAGGGAGAUCAAUUCAAGGUUUUGAUAUUAUCUAGAGGUAUCUUAAACCAAAAUGUCGGAAUUGUAUCAUGGACUCUUAGUGCUAUAUUCACGUAUUAAGAAAUGUAGAGCGUGUUGUAACAGAAAAUUAAGUUAAAAAAAUAAUCUAUUAAAUAUUAUAUCUAAUAUUCAAUUUCAAUUAUUGUAAUUUGUUGUUGCAACUUAAAUGUUAAUUUGAAGCAAUCAUGUACUUGUAGGGACCCUUUGUAUACUUUAGAGAUUAUAAAAUAAAAGAUUUUCUUAAAGACGAUA